GAAGCACAGAAGAACACGCCAACAGUUCUUGAGUGUCGGCCGGCUCUUGGCGGCCCUUGACGCUUCAUCUUUCUUCUGGGAAACGAUAUUCUUUAGUAGUGCUAUUAUUUGUUUACUUAUUUUUGGUCCUUCGUGUGUUGUGGGGAGGCAAGGCGAAUCCGAUCGUGUUCUUUUUGUUGUUCUGUCGCCUGAAGACCACACACACGUACACAUACACGCCAACCUUUAUGUAUUUAAGAACUUAACAAGCGUCUAAAUUGCUGUUUUCUUUCUUUGCAAGUUAACCCCCCCCCCCCCGUUAAACCUCGGAAGUGCUUGCAGACAUACGCACACACACACACACAUACAUAAAAUUCCAGCAAGAUGUCCCUCCCACUUAUUAAUGGCAGCAAAGUAAGUGUUUCUCACCGCACGGGCCCGCAGCAAUCGAAGCAACAUGGCGAAGUGAAGCGCCACCCCUCUCCCUCCUCGUUCGACGAUGGCGGGGGCGGAUUUGCUGACGAUACCGCCCCCACAGCCGGCACCGGCAGCAGCACCGCUGACUUCCGCAUCCUCGUCGCGGCGCGUAUUCGUCCCUUCACCGAGCGCGAAGUGAGACAGUGGCGACAGGAGCGGCGGGCAGGGCAGACACCAGAGGACACCGAAGAGGCACGUCGAGCGCGAUUGGCACUUCGACAGCCUUUUGGGCCCGAUUACAAGUCCCUCAACGCCACCCAGACCGUCUUUGACAAGUCGUGGACGCGGCGCCCGAACGACGGUGACGACGACGAUGGUGUCGGCGCGAACCGGGCCUCCUUCGACGUCCAUGAGGUACCCCUCCCCGUGGUGGAGGUAGAGAGUGACGGCAGGACGGUCGUGCUGUUGGAUGCGCAGCGUCUGCUGAGUGACAGCGGACGUGCGCUGGCCCCGGUGCGGAACGCCUUCACGUACGACUACGUGUACAGCAGCUUCGCGCCAGACGUGGAGCUUGAUGCUCAGCUGACGGAGGCGAGUCUAACCGGACGAAGGAUGAAAGGGGGCGGGGAAAGAGGAGAAGCGGCCCCCUAUGUGAUUAUGGACAACGACGACGGUGGCGCAGCCCUGACGUCGUCGCACACGCCUGCGCAGGAAGAGCAGGCAGAGGCGGAGCAGGUGGCCCUCUACGAGCAGUUGGCCCUCCCACUCGUCGAUGCGGCCCUGCAGGGGUACAACACCUGCAUGUUUGCCUACGGGCAGACGGGCAGCGGCAAGACGUACACCAUGAUGGGCACCACGCGCCAUCCCGGUUUGAUUCCGCGUCUGUGCCAGCGCCUCUUCGCGGCGGUCGCGUCACGCAACGCGGCGGAUGCCGGCAGCGGCGCUGGUCCGGCGCUGGUCACGUUGCAGCUCUCCUACAUGGAGAUCUACAAGGAGCAGGUGCGAGACCUGCUGAAGCAACGUCCCAAGAACGCCAUCCUCCACUACAAGAGCCGCUUCGACAAAAAGGACGUCGACAGCGACGAGUACCGCACGCUGAAGGUGCGUCAUCACCCAUCGAAGGGCAUCUACGUGGACGGCCUGUCGAGUGUGCCGGUGCGCACCUGGGACGAGUGCGAAGUGUUUUUGCAGCAGGGCAACACGUUGCGCACGCAGGGCAGCACCGCGAUGAACGCCAAGUCCAGUCGAUCGCACGCCAUCUUCCAGCUGCAGAUGACGCGGCGCGAAAGCACCGGUGGACGGGUGCGCGGUCGAGAGGUGGCCCUGGAGACGGUCAGCAAGAUUAAUCUGGUUGACCUCGCCGGUAGCGAGCGCCACACGCAGGCAAAGACGACCGAGAAGCACUUGGCAGAAGCGAAUAGCAUUAACGCCUCCCUGUCGACGCUGCGCCGUGUCUUGGAGGGGCUGAUUGCGAAUCGCGCGAUAGCACAAGGCAACAACCACGGUGCGGGAAGAGGAGGAGCAGCAGGCGGCGGCGGUAAAGCGAAGAAAGGGGUAGUCAUCCCCUAUCGGGAGAGUCUGCUGACCUACGUACUGUCGGACAACUUAGGCGGGAACAGCUUCACCGUCAUGUGCGCGAACGUGUCGCCGUGUGCGGCAAACGCAGGGGAAACGGAGUCGACGCUUCGCUACGCCACCCUCGCCAAGAGCGUCGUGAAUCAUGCGAAGCUGAGCGAGGCCCCGACAGCGCGGGUGAUUCGUGAGAUGCGCGAUCAACUCCGUGUGAUGCAGGCGGCGCUGCGCAGCGCACCCGACCCGUCGCACGUCGCCGAGCUCGAGGAGGGCGUGCAGCUGAGCGAGGAGCUGCUCCGUGCGAUGAAGAGCCGCGAGCUGAACUACGAGGCUCAGCUGCACGAGCAAGUCGCGCAGACGGAGACGCUGCGGCGAGCGCUGGAGACGCACCGGAAGCAGGAGACGUACUGGCGGGCCAAGGCGCAGCAACAGCAGCGCGAGGUCGAGGAGCUUCGAGAAGCGUUGUUUGAAGCGACGCAAAACGGCUCCCGGGUGCAGCCCUCCUCCUCGGCAGAGCCGCCAAACAGGACGGGCAGCAGCGGUCGCGGUGGGGCAGGCGAUGGCAAGUCACCCCAACUGCCCUCGCUGAACACCCUGACGAGUUCCUUCCUCAAUGAGCAGCACAGCGGCGUGCACGAUGUCGAUGUCGAUGCACUCAACAUAAAAGCACAGCGGCAGCGGAAAGAUCUGCCCAGCUUAGAAGGUGGUGGUGGUGGUGGUGGGCCGCCUUCUACGGCGUCCCGCGACUGGAAGCCCACGCGUGCACGCGGCACGCCGCUGUCGCUCAUGGGGAUGCGCGGCGGUAAGCAACGCCCGUCCCACACCUCACUGCCCGCGUUGCCGGCGAGUGCCCUGGAGAAGGGAGCGGGCAGCAGCGGCAACAGCGGCGGCGGUGGUGGUGUUCGUGCGAGCCGGCACAACACCGUCGCCACUGCACCCCCAUCGGGGCAGCAGCGGAGUCCGUCGUUGAAGAAGCUAUCCCUCAACGCACUCGCGCCGCGGCCGCCCUUGCCGAAGCCGGCGGAAACGCAGAAGAAAGGCAGCGACAUGCGGGCGAAGCCAGGAGGGACGGCGGUGACAGACGACAGCCACAGCAGCGAUGCGCUUUUGAUGAACCUGCGGGCGAUGGAGCCCGGUGGAGACGGUGGUCGCGGCACCGCGGAGCACCAAGACUCGGCGCCGCCUUCGUUCUAUCAAACCGAGCAGGUGCUCACGUGCGGCGCGGAAGCCGCGGAGAACAGCGACGAGCGGGGGGUCGUGGAUGACGAAGACGGUGAAUGCAGUGAAGCGGACUGGACGUCGAGUAACGCGGGCCACAGUGACGGGAACAAACAGGCAGAGGCCCCUCAUCCUCACCCGCACCCAAGGCCGCUGGAGCUGCAUGAGCUACUCGAUCUCCAGCGGCUACAGGAGCAGGCGGAGGCGCUCUACAACGGCAGCAACGGACUCAGCAGCGGGGUGCUUGAGAUUGAAGGUGUGGCCGCUACACCAUCCAAACAGCGACCUCCCACGAAGUCACCGCACGUAGCGGCGGCACGGCAGGCCCAAGCGGCACGAGAUCGCCGUCGCAGCUCGUCCAUCGCCGCGGCGAGUGCCGCAGCAGCAGCAGCGGCGGCAGCUGCGAAGAAGAAAAAGAACACGAAGUCCACGAGGAACAACGCGUCACCGGCCGAAUCGCGUGAGGCUUCCGCAGAGCCCGCGGUGGCGCAGCGGCAGCGGGACAUCACGGUGUCCGCCACGAGUGCCGGGGUCAAGAAGAUGCCUAAAGGUGUCGGCGCCGCACAUCCGAAGCAAACCCGGCGUCUUCUUUUGCUGAAGCAAACAGCGCCGAGCGACGACGACGGCAGUUUCGGCGAUGCAUUCGAGUUGCCCUCCCGCACCUCACGCAGCCCACACGGUGAUGAAGGGCUGACGGACAUCCACUCCGCCAGUCCCGAGUACCAUGAAGAGGAAGAGGAAGGUGAGGCAGAUGUCAUCGUCAGCGGUCAUACGCAUGUUCGAUCUGUGGAUGGCGGUGAAAGAGACGGCGCUGCAUUGGCGGUGGCAUCACUUCGAAUGCGCUACGAAAACAACGAUAACAACGAUGAGGAUGCGGCGGAAGGGUUAGAGGAGAAAGACGCGUCUCCUGAAGUCACGCGUGAGCCUCCAAGUGCGCUCCGCAGCAGUCGUAGUGACGCACAAACAGACGAGUUGUGUGCCGAUGACACGGAGAGCAUCGCUGCGUCGUUGAACCGCUCCGGAAAGGUAUCGGACGUUGCGCAGCGCUUGCAGAAGAAACGGCAGAAGAAGCAGAAGCGCAACGGCACUCGAGCCUCCAUCAACUCCGACACUCCGGAGAGUAGCCGGCACUACUCCACGGUGGACACGCUUUUUUGA